AAAAUAAAAUGAGAUAAAAUAAAAUGAAAUAAAAUAAAAUAAAAUAAAAUAAAAUACAAUAAAAUGAAAAUAAAAUAAAAUAAAAUUUACAAAAAAUAAUUAAAUAUAACAAAUAAAAAAAUGAAGUGAAUAUUGUAAAUAUGAAUUUCUGAAAAAUCAAAAAAUAAUACAAAUUUAUCAAAAAAAUUGAAAUAAAAAUUAAAAUAAAAAAUCCAUAAAACAUCUCAAUAAUCUAAUUAGCAUAAGCUUUUUGUAAACCAAAAAUAAAAAAAAACAAAAAUUAAAACUACAAAGAAAACACCGUAAAAGCAAAGUUGCUCUAAAACUUAAACUUUUGUAAGCUCUCACGUCCGUUAACUUGUGUGCAACAGUGUUAACAGCAUUUUAAGUCAAAAAGUGCAAAAAACAACACACACACAAACAAGAUAAGCGCGCACUCACCGACUAACUAACAAAUACAAGAAAGCAACACACACACACAGCCACACAUUGCAUACAAUACAUUAAGCGCCAGGGCGUAUACGUAACCUCAACACAGUGCAAAUAAAUGGAAUAAAAGCGCUGUGCAGCGAAGCGAAGUCAAGUGCAUGUAAUGAUAUAAAGAAUCAAGAGGAGGGAAAUGAAAGGAAAAUAGCGGCAAAAGAAAUAAUAAAACUUAACAACAACAGCAACAACAAUAAAUAAAUGAAAUAAAACUAGUUGGGUGUGUGAGUAAAUUAUUGACAGCGCAGGAAGAGUGUGUGAAGUGUAUGAAGUGGCGAAGUGAAGGGGAGAGUAAUGGAAAAAGAACACAAACGAAUGGAAAAAAGAAAUUAAAAUAAGAAAAUUUAACUUAGAAAGUAAAUAAAAACACAAAUAAUGAACUUUACGAGCAGCCACCGGCGGUUGGUGGAUUAAAGUGUGUGUGAGAGAGAGAGAGAGGGAGAGCGAGAGUGAAGAUAAAAAUUAGUAAUUGAUAAACAUUGGCGCUAAUACAAUGCAGCAGGCGGUGAAAAGUUAAAUAAAGCGUGGACGUGAUAGAAAAAAUACAAAAAAAUAUAAUACAAUUAAAGAUUAUAAGAAGCUUAGUGCUUGAAGACACGUGGCAAGUGCAGUAAAAGGGUACACACGAGACUACAAAUUAAAUAUCGAUAGUGGUUUUGUGGCAUAAAGAGCAUUAAAGAAAGCAACAAUGAACUGAAGUGUAGAUGGUGUGAAGUGCGAAAAGAGCAAAAAGUGAGAGAGAGUUCAAGCAAAAAACAAUUAUAAGAGCAAAUAAUAUUAAAAAACACCCACACACACACACAUAUGCACCACUAAAGGUGCAGCGAACAUUUCCAAUUACUAGCCGAAGCAAUGUUGCUGCAGGCGGCACCAACUCGCCGGGUCGGCGUGACGUCAAGCAGCGAUAAACUAUGUUGUUGUUGCAGCGAAAACAACAACAACACACACCAGCAACACACCGAAGAAGUCUCCACGCGAAAUAGCAACGCUACAUGCGCCACUUGCCGCCAAUGCCGUGUUAAAAACAAUGUGUGUGGCAUACUUUUAGGCGCUAUGCCAGAACCCGGGUUGCUGAGACACUUACGGCGUUGGCAAGCGUGUUGUCGACCGCGCAGGAAGCGCAGAAAGGGUGGUGGCGAAAUUAAAAAUGCACACAACAACAACAACAACAACAUGCGUGCAACAUGUAAUAAGCAAGCGCGGGUGGCACGUACAGCACGUAGUGGUGUUGAAAAACGUAAAUUAAGAAAGCGCGUAAUCAGUACCCACGCUACAAGCUACAAUUGCAGCGAUGCCGCAGCAGCAAGCUUGUUGCUGGCGGAUUACAACGGCAGUGGCAUGUUGCAAGCGCGAAACAGUAAUUGCCUGCGAGCACGAACAACAAAAACAACAGCGGUAGCAACGGCAACUCGAGUGGCAAUGGAUAGUGGCGUAGCACCAAAGGCGUUGUUGCGUUUGCUUGAUGCUAGAACAGCAACAACAACAAUAACAACAACAUUGACGGUAACAAGGCCGUUGUCGAAAUUGUUGAAAUGUGAGCGCCCGCUGAAAAAGCCCAAACUGGUAGCAGUGAUGGCGACUGAGCAACAGCAAACAACGCCAGCUUGCUUGCUUGAACAAAAACAACAACAACAAGAUGAAGAGCUUACCGUCACCACUCGCGAAGCGGGGCUGCAAGUUGAUGGCUUGCGUAUACACACCAGUGUACCGUUAGAACAGCAGCUUAUCACACGAGACGCGUUCCAAUAUAAGCAACAGCAACAACAACAACACUGCCUUCAACUAUCCAGCACUACUGCAGCAGCAACAGUACAGCGACCAGUUGCCAAAGUAAACGACUUGCAACAUCGAAGUUGGCGAAAUUUAAUUGGAUGUGCGGCAACAACAAGAACAACAACAUGCAACGUAAUAAAUACUAACACAAACCGUAUUGCACUAGAGCCAGCAACAACAACAACAACAAGUGCAUACAAUUGCAAUCCGUCGUCUGUCUCAGUUGUUGCCACAAAAAUGUCAACUACCACUGCUUCAGCAACAUUGUCUGCCAGCCAGCAAGAUGUUGUACAAGCAACAGAAAAUCGUGUGUGUGUAGUAACAACAAAAACAAAUAUAUCAGCGCCGAGUCGCGUUGCGCCAUGUGUCAUUGUGCGCAAAUCCAAGUGUCGAAGCGCUGUCGCGUUGACAAGCGCAUUAACGGCGUUGGCAGUAGCAGCACCAGCAACAACAGCUAAAGCAAUUCAACCAGCAAAAUCUACAAAACGCGUUAAACCAACACAAAUAAAAUUAGCUAGAAGCAAGACAACAACAACAUCAGCAACAACAACUACGUUAUUUCGCAAUAUUUUUCCACUACUUGUCGGUCUGCUGACACUACAUGCCACUGUUUUACGCUGUCUCCUCUUCACUGCGCUGACGGCCGCUACGGCCACGGUGACGGCGGCACCGUUUGUGGCGCAAAACUCAUUGCUCUGGCUGUCACAACAAAGGCUGGAGCAACAUUCACAGCACAACAACAACAGCAACAACACGAGUAACGACAGCACCUUCCCUCCGUCUUCAGCGCAUAAUUACAAUCACCGACACACAACGCAGCCCCCACCACCACCACCAAUACUCAACCGUAUGAUGGAUAUUGAGGUGUUGAACGGCAGCAGUUAUACGGACACCUUGAAGAGUCUCUCUUCCACUCUCGUCGAGGCGGCGGAGGCGGAGCAGGGUGACGUAAAUCAGCUGCCAAUCUUUGACUUUGGCUUGCCGCGUAAUAUAACAGCACGUACCGGUCAAGCGGAAGCUGCAAUUAAAUGUCGAGUCGAGCGAUUGGACGAUAAGUCGGUCUCGUGGAUCCGCAAACGUGAUUUGCAUAUACUGACCGUAGCCACAGCGACGUACACAUCGGAUAAACGCUUUCAGGUGACUUCGUCGAAAGAUGGACGCGAAUGGACGUUGCAUGUGAAAUCGCCGCAGGCACGUGACACCGGUAUCUAUGAAUGUCAAGUGAAUACCGAACCGAAAAUGUCAAUGGCAUUUCAAUUGAACAUCAUUGAGAUACCCGCCGAUUCGCGCGCCAUCAUCAGCGGCCCCGCGGAUCUGCAUUUCAAAGUCGGCAGCGCCAUCAUACUCAGCUGCCAUGUGCAACAGCCGAGCAUUCGUGAUAUUGGACCGAUUUAUUGGUAUCGCGGCGAGCAUAUAAUUACGCCAUUCGAGCUGCACGAAGAUGAAGAGAGCGACAGCGCGAACAACAACAACCAGCAUAGUCUGCAUAGCGGUGGCAUGGCUACACCAGCACUGCUGAACAAUGAGCUGGCGGCCGAUGUGACAGCGACGAUAACGAAUGCCAAUGCAUUGACUGCUGCUGGCGGCAGCGGCGGCGGCGGUAGAGGAGGCAGUGGUAGCAGCAUGGGCGCAGCAAUGGCGGUCACAGCGCCGCAUGACGGCUUAAGCAACGACAUUACGCCGGACUUUACGGCGCGCAUUGCGAUGGAAUCACAGUUGGGCGACACAAUGAAAUCAAGGUUGCGCAUCUCGAAUGCACAGACAACGGAUACAGGGAAUUACACUUGUCAACCGACAACGGCGAGCAGCGCUAGCGUCAUGGUGCACGUGAUUAAUGAUGAAAAUCCAGCGGCCAUGCAAAAAAGCAGCGCCAGUUCGAUGCGCAUGAGAACAACAACAACAAGAUGGGCUAUGCUGCUAUUGCUAGCAGCAAUAACAACAACAACAACAACAAUAAUAGAAACAUUAAUGACAAGGGCGAAUAUAAUAAUGCGCGCAACAAAAGCAACAAUGGCAAUAAUAGUAGCAGCAACAACAACACUCCUGUUAACCUACUUAUGCGGAGUAUGUCCGUCACAGCAGCAACAGCAACAACAACAAGAGUUCAUGUUACAGGAAGCGCAGCAAGUGAAUUGGACAUUGCUAAAACAGCAGCAACAACAACAACAACAACUACAGCUAUAACAAUUGUGAUAGCAGCAGUGGCAGCAUUCACAACAAUGCCAACAACAAACAUUCCGCACAUCCGUUGGCGUAUCCUUCGUAAUGUCUUAAGCAGUGCUCUCUUUUGUGAUAGUUGUUGUUAUAUUUGUUUUUGUUUUUUCCAGCUUUUGUUUGCUUUUGCGUUUACGUCUCUUAUUGCAUUAUUCUAAUGGCACACUCAGCUGAAACUGAAAUUGUAUUGGACUUUUGAUACGCGCACACACACACAAAAGAGGAUACUCACACACACACAUACAUACAACAACAACAACGCAUACACGCAGUUUCUUACGUCUCCUCAUCGCUGUUGAAGGCCAUUGCUGUUGCUGUUGUUGUUUGGCAUAGCUGCUGGCGUCACUGUCAGUCCAGUGUUCGCAACAAGCACUACAACAACAAAAAUAAUAAUAAUAUUAUUGCGACUGUCAGGUGGCCGGAGGUCCCCUUGAUGCUUACGGUUAAUAUGCGCUUGUCGGUGGCAGCUGGCAACAAGCUCAUCAAAAGCAGCCAGCAGCAGCAGCAGCAACGUGCCACAGCAGGCAAGAGACGCCGCUAGAUUGCUGUAUUGCCGUUUGCAGACUCAUCAGCUGCUUGGGCUUGGACAACUUCUUACGUCCUCCUGCUCCAACUUGUCUCCGCUGAGUCAUCGGCCAUCCAACGGUCGGUCCAAUAGCUUAACGCUAAUGCCAGCGAUAUAGUGGACUCUCUGCCACAGCAGCAGCAGCAGCAGCUCCUUCUCAGUCAGUGGCAGAGACACUACUUGCAUUAUCUCUCAAUGGCAUUGUUGCCGCUUGCUGACGCAUUUCAACGGUAAACCCAACCGUCUUGGCACGCAGUAGAGACGCCUAAACAAGCUGACGUUUGGGAAAAUAUCAUUGAAGAUGACUGGAGGCUAGCUAUACACCUACCCAGAAGCGUCCAAACAAACAUACACACCUGUUAGAAGCGCCGUAGAAACCUUGAUUGCUGUUCCAGUCUCCUUUGGACAGUGGUUACUCUGUAUGCUGAUUGCCCUGCCCGUCCCCUCCGUGAUGAGGUAAGUGUUUGGGGUGUGCGGUGACAAUGCAUAAGUAAAUCUAAAUACCGAAAAAAAACAAAGAAACAAAGCGGAAACAGCAAAAUAAAUAGGAUCAAAUAUAGCAAAUAAAUAUAAAAGAGAUGGCGCGGCGGGGGGUAGGCGUGACGUACAUAUAUCGUGGAGGGGUGCAAACCGCUUAAAUAUUUGCAUUUCAUUUUGCUAAAAGGCCAAUGAAGCGAGCGAAGAACGACGAAAUCAAAGAAAAGUAUGACGUUUUCAAUAUAUGUAUGUAAUAUGCUACUUGAUGGGGAGUACAGUGUUGCCAGUUAGUGUGCAGGUAGAGUCCAUAGAAUAUCCACCUAGAAUAGGCUUAUAUUUGGUCAAUGCGUAAUUCCUUUUUCGAGGCGAUACAAUUUUCGGUAUAAUACUUAAAUAAUUAGUGAGUACUGAGUCAGAGAGUUGCCACCUGUUUUUAAUUUUAGUACAAAAAAAUUAUCACGUUAAAAAAUUGGACAGCAUGUCUAUCAAACCACAAAGAAAGUAAAUAAUUGAAAAAUUAUUCUAAAAAAAGGUUGCCACCUGUUACAUUUUUGAAAAUUUUCAUUGUCAUUUGUGGAAGUAAAUUAAAUAUUAGCAAUACAAAUUAAGCUAAAAAGCCUCAAAGACUUUAAAAAAAUAUUUUUGUGAAAUUGUUGCCACCUAUUUGAAAAUGUGGAUUAAAUCAAUUUUACGAAAUAAUUUAAAUUUUACAAUGUUGUAACAAAUGACAGAUAUUUAAGAAGUCUUUGAUGUACAUAAAAAUAUUUUAAUAGAGUUGCCACCUAUCUAAAUAGUAACAAUGAGAAAUUUUACACCUAUCCGAAAUUCAGACAAUAUGAAAUAUAUCUCGACAAACAAUACGGGAAAUAUUUUGUUACAAAUCCUCCACAAAUUCUAACACUAUUUUCAAACCGUUUUUGCCCUUCAAUCUGACUUUAAUUAUAAAUUUGAUCAUUUUCCUCCGUCACUGUAAAAAUGUAUACAAUGCAAUACAAAAUGUACUAACAAUUCAUAUAAUAAUGUCGAAAGACAAUACGAGCCACACUGAGCGAAUCUAGCGUGGGUCGGACUUAGCAUAUUUACAUAUUUUAGAAAUAUGACCAUCAAUAAUGUCUAUGUAUGUAUGUAUGUAUGUAGUCAAUCACAAUAAGCACAAAUUUGAUUGAUAAAUGCUCGAGUGGUAUGCGCUGCUUUUAGCUGCCGCUGAAUAAGGUAGCCAACCGGUAAAUAUGUAAUCAAUGGCUAACAAGCGGAAAUAAAAGCAAGCGGAGACACAAUUGGAAUGUAAUCAAAGGGACAAAAGACAAGCGAGCAAUCAGCAGAAGCAGCAGCAGCAAUAAGUGCACGUGACAUCGCAAUUUUUCGGCUGGCCAUAAAAGGUAGCCAUUUUUUUCAGUGAUUUCUUUAAUGGAAUAUAUUUUUUGGGUGAAAUAUUUUUUUUUUUACUCAGAGUAGACUUCAUUUAGUUCGAUAUAUUUUAUCAAAAAGCCUUUUGUAUAACAUUAUAUCUAUUCAUUCUUUCCAAACCACACCUCGAACCGAUUCUCCAGGUCAAAUGUGUCUGACUUUUUCCUCUGCCAAUCAUUCUUAUACAACUUUUUUUACUUUUAAAGUCGAUAUUUUGUUUGUUAAUUUUAAUUUCACAUUAAGGUGGCAACUCUGGUCAAGACAAUUUCUGGCAUAAUAAGCGUUUUUAAACAUGAUACUUAUAUACAUAUAUAGGGAAAUUAUACUUUUCCAGACAGGUGGCAACAUUAUCAAAAAUAUUCAAACUUCAUAGAAAUUCUCUUUUAGUUUCAAAAAUAUAACCGCCAAAUCUGCUGGUCAUAUACCCGUCAUUCUGUUCAAACAGUUAAUGCUUGAUACCUCUAAGAAACACAAUGCGGCUCGAUCCAAGGCCCUUUAAGUUUUUUAAUCCAUUGAGGAACUUUCUCUUAAGACACUCUCACCGUCGUACAUUUUCGACUUAAAUGCGUUAACCCGUCAACAUCCUCGAGAUUAACAAUGUUAGAAUUUUCAUAAAAAUAGUUUCGAAUUGUUUUCGAAUCAAAUUUGUUUUAGAAGCUUUUUAUGUAAUUUUAUAUUUUUAUUCCUUGUUUUUUAUUUGUUUUUGCUUUUAUAAAUUUUUUUCCAAGUGCAAUAGCACGUACAGAUAACUAUUAGUAUAUAGAUAUAAAUUUAUAAAAAUUAAAUAAAAAAAACAAAGAAAUUGUAUAUAAUGAAAUCAAAAUAUGGGCUACAACAACCACUAUAAAUUAAGAAUGAGCAUUCGAAAUAAAAAUGUUAAAUA